UGUUGCACGCGGUUUGAACCGAAACGGAAGAUGCUGCGUCCGAAACCCUUCCACAUCUUCCUCUAAAACAUCCCUCCCGAAACGGUUAUUAUUCGGUCAAUUACGCAGCCAUCGACGCUCAUCGAAACUUGAGUUUGACCGGCAUCGGACCAAAGCUCUUUUUGGGGAAAAAGUUCGAUCGGAAUCCCGGCCCCUCGGUCCUUAUCAAAGUUGUUGUGAUAAAACAUGCAGAUUAGCUCCAACCUCUCCGCGCCGCGCUCACAAAAAAUGCAUCCGAGUUGAUAGUGUUCGGCUUGUAUAUUUUCGUCGAUUGUGUGUUUUUUCGUGUGUUUCGCAUGGUGUAAGUGUUCGUUCACGAAAGAUGAACUCGGAUUCUGAGAGUGGACAAGAUCACCCGGCUGAAAAAUCCGCGGGAUAAAGAGAUCGGCAUCCUGUCUGAAUUUUGUCCGUCGUCUCUGUGAGAAUCCAAAGGGACAAAGAUGACGGAAAAGAAGUCUUCCAUCUAUUUAUCGCAGCUCAAAGCAAUGAUCAUAAGGAAUCUUUUGCUCAAAAAAAGAGAAAAACGGAAAACAUUAGCGGAGAUACUGUUACCUUUAUACUCUUUAAGUGUUCUUAUAGUUUUAAAAAUUAUGGUUCCGAAUCCUAAUUUUCCUCCUGUAACUUCGCCAAGAGGACCACCAAUGGACCUGUUCGCUCAUUUUCAACAGUUCAAUAAUCACACUGUUGCUGUAGCACCUAGCACUCCUCGCAUUGAGGAAUUUUUAGUUUCUAUGAAUAAAUUAUGGAUACAUAGUUCAUCAAAGAAGGCUGUGAAUUUCAGUUUUAUAAUGUUCAAAACUAAAGAAGACUUAGUAGAAGCUUACUGGAAUGAGCCAACUUCUAUACCAAUAGCGAUAGUUUUUGAAAACGAUGACCCUAUCAAAGGUCCUCUUGACUACGAGAUCCGAACGAAUCCUUCGUACUUAGUAACACCAACGACGACAGAGUUGUACUCCUCACCGGUCUCGUGUCGUGAGGUUGGCAAGCACUGGAGUGGGAACGUAUUGCCAAUCGACACCGGAGACAACUGCCCGGCCAAUCAGUAUUACUACUCAGGGUUCACCGCUAUCCAAACACUCCUCGAUUUCACCAAGAUCACG